UGUUCAGUGUGACCUUUCAGUGCAGCUGCCUGAGAGGGCUGCCGACGCCGAGUGGACAGUUAGGAGCUGAGACACGACGCAUCUACACGCAAAUUUAAAGUAUAAACCCACCGUAAAUGGGUUUAUCACCACAUCAACCGUCACUUUCGUCGCUCUCGUUUACCUCGACCGAUUGUUGUUGAUGGAUUAUAUUAUUCACGUCUCACCGAGAAGCCUUACAACGCCCAGUGAGCAGCGGCAGCCAUAGCUCCGUCAUUGACGCUGGAGAAUACCGUAAUCUGCCCCUGCAAUGGCAGUCUUUAGUCACCAGGUGCUCUUUGCAGUCACAAGAUCACGGGGAUCUUAUUUGUUAUCUAAGAGGAACAGCUGCUCCUCUCUGUCAUCGAAAGCCUAUCUCCACAUAGACCCUCCCCGCCACGUCUCGUCGUUAUUCACACUCAGGCACUCCUGCUACGGCUACUCCCACUGUUACCGAGGCCACGCCCUCGACCAUGUCCACAACUCCGCCCUGCUUGCCCGCUCUCUACACAGCUCAGGUGUUUGGCUCCAAAACAUAAAGCAGGAGGACACUAAGGCCUCACCAGCCGCUGCCCAGGAUGCUUCUCCAGGAGCGAAAAGGGACUCUGUGACCGCUGCACCCCAGUCCCAACCUCCAUCAACUCCCACUCCGACGUCCACCUCCACCACCACAGCGGCCGCCGUCCCUCUGGUGCAGGAGAGGGCAGUCUUGAAAAAGUCUCUGUAUCAGAGGAUUGUGGAUGAGUUGAAGCAUUACUACAAUGGCUUCCGGUUACUCGGCAUCGACAUCAAGAUUGCAGGCAGGAUGGUGUGGAGGCUGCUGCAUGGACAGCUGCUCUCACGCAGGGAGAGGAGAAGGCUGCUGAGGACCUGUGCUGACCUGUUCCGUCUGGUGCCCUUCAUGGUGUUUAUCAUCGUUCCUUUCAUGGAGUUCCUUCUUCCUGUCUUCCUCAAACUCUUCCCAGAGAUGUUGCCCUCCACCUUCGAGACAGAGUCCAAAAAGGAGGAGAAGCAGAAGAAGGGUCUGGCAGCUAAGCUGGAACUGGCCAAGUUUCUCCAAGAGACCAUCGCUGAGAUGGCUCGAAGGAAUAAAGCAAAAGCUCUGACGGAAGACGAGACACAGCGCUUCUCCACAUAUGUUCAGAAGGUUCGGGGCACAGGUGAGCAGCCCACCACGAAGGAUAUUGUGCGGUUUUCGAAGCUGUUUGAGGACGAGCUGACGCUGGAGCACCUGGAGCGCCCCCAGCUGGUGGCUCUGUGUAAACUGUUGGAGUUGCAGCCCAUCGGCACAAACAACUUGCUGCGUUUUCAGCUGAUGAUGCAACUGAGGACCAUCAAGUCAGACGAUGAGAUGAUUGCAGCAGAGGGUGUGCCAGCCAUGAGUGUGUCAGAAUUACAGGCAGCGUGUCGUAGUCGAGGGAUGAGGUCUCUGGGUCUCACCACUGACCAGCUACGUGUGCAGCUGCAGCAGUGGCUGGACCUGCACCUGAAGGAGAACGUUCCUCCAUCGCUGCUGCUGCUCUCCAGAGCCAUGUAUCUGACAGACCUCAAACCAAAAGCCCCAGUCAUCCCGCCUGUUCCCAAACUAGAGAAAGCUGCUACUCCUCCAGCGGAAAAUACAGGAGCAAACACGACCUCAGUCAGUACUGACAUGUUGGCGGACCCUGCUCUCAUCAUCAAAGACAGACCGGUGGAGGAGAUGAGAGACAAGGCUCCUGUGGUGUCGGACAAACCUCUGACUCCUGCUGAAGUCCUACAGGCUAAAGCAGCAACAGAGGUGUCCCAGAAGAGCAAGAUGAGUGCCAACGGCGUGUAAAGAGGAGCAGGAGACUCUGGACUGAAGGUGGGAUGGACUCACACAGCUUGGUGGCCUCAAGGGGCGAGAGGGAUGUAGUGGUCAGAUGACGGGCUAUUGAUGGUCUACAUUUCAGUAGCCCUCAAUUAUUUUAAAGCUCCUCCAUAAAACCCCUUCUUCUCUCUUCGGACCAGGGGGAAAGGAAAUCACCGGCUCUGUUCAGCUCUGUGUCUGACAUGUUGAUGAUUCAACUCAUCCAGGAGUCCUGUAGCCUCCUUGUCCCUCUCUCUGUUAACACCCAAGAAAGGUCUGCUGCCUCUUCUGCUUCGUCUCAGCAGCUGCUUCUUCGUACCCACAUUUGUGCACUCCGUUCUCUGUAACUCUCCGUUACAGCUGGACAAACCAGCCUGAAAUUUCACUGGACUGUCAGACCACUGGUGGUGUGAUUUCUUUGACCUAAUGUCCUGGAAGUGACACCCAAUCCACCCAUGGCAGAGCCUGGUCAACUCUCUGUUUGAUGGUGUCUCCCUACAGUCUAGACGGUCUCCUCCUCCUGUACAUUUGUAAAUAUCCUGUAUAUUUUUGUCUCUGUCUUACAUCACAGCAGCAGCAGCUUUGUACAUUUUGCUAUGAAAAUGUUCAAGUUUUUCCUCUCUUAGCAGUUUUAUUUUGUUUUAUUUGGAUAUUUUGUUCUGGAUAAUGAGAGAAGUCAUCAGUUUUUCAGAAAUACUUUAGCAGUCCCUCCUUCAUCUGGUGGACUAGCAGGUUUGGACUGGCCCUGACUCUGAACAGGGUGACAGAGCGUAGUUGCUUGCUGCUGCAAUUAGCAAACAAAGACUGGUAUACUAUUAAGAGAGAGGUCACUCCUUAAACCCAAAGGUGACUGCGGUAAAGUGCAGUCUGCCUCUGCUGGUAAGCCACUGACCGGACAAUCUGUAAGAUUUUAUUUGCAUAUACAGUGUAUGUAUUGUGUUUGAACACUAUGAUGCUACGAUUUCUUUCAACUGAAAAGAGAAAAUACUUGAUGAUAUAUUAUUAUUAUGGGGUAGAAGCUAAAAUCCUGAAGCCACAAAUGAGAUUAAUGUUGUUUUCGGGAUUGUGGCACUGAAAGAGGUUAAUGUAUAUCAUUAUGACUGAUUCGCCUAACUAUCCUACUGCAUUAAGCGCUCAUAAAUAUAUGACCCUAAAAGCUGUUAUUGGAAUAUUUACCAUAAAUGUGUACUGUAUGAAUACAGUUUUGUGCUUGUUUGGCAAUGCUCCUCCCGCCCCUCUUAAUUCAUUUGACAUUGUUGGAGUAACUGAGAAGUUUUUGUCUCCACAUAAUAUUUCCUCACUGCUGUCUAUCCAUGGGCAGCUCCCAGAAGUGGAUACCAUGAAUAAAAGGAUAUUUUUUUAAGCAAAAAGAUUGCUAAAGAAGAUAUAUAUUAUUGGUUUUACAUAUGUGCCUAAGAUUAAAGGGCGAUUGUGUUUGCAUUUUUCAUCAGAGAACAGAUUUUCUAUAUUUUACCAUUUUCAGUUUGUAUUUUGGUUUAAUCAUUCACCUCAGUGUUUUAAAGCACCCAUUUGCACCUUUUUCUCUUUAGUUGAACGUCUACUUUUCCCUUCCCCAUCUGAUCCAAGUAUCAAUCCAAAUGAAUCCUCUCCUUAUAGUCACCAGUUUAGAUACUGAUGAAAAAGCAAUCAGCUCUGCGCUCGUGAUUGCAAAGGGGAUCACCACGAAUAAAUAAAAUAAAAAGAAUCCAAAUAGUUUUAUCUCUGGUUUCCCCUGAUGUUCUGAGCAGAUGUGAACUGAUUUAUACCAUAUUUAUGGCAGUUGGUGCGUUUUAACAAUACCUGUCACCGACCUGUUGAGAAAGACGCAUCAUGUUGAUGUGUUGCUCCUCAGACUUGUCGAGUUGAUCUGCUGGUAGGUUUUCUGACUUUUGAUGACUCGUAACCAUCUACCGCAUGAUUAAAGGAUUGCACAGCAAUUAAAUAACGGGAAUGGCUGGACUGGUUUCAUAUUUCUGUUGUGCCCUUGAGACUUGCCACACUGAAAAAUGUUGUAAAUGUCUUAACUCGGUUAUUGGACGGGAUGCGUUCUGCAUCAUUUGUUCACAGAUGCUCCAUCUUGUCCUGAUAUGUGUCACCUCCUGGAACAGUGUUUGUUUCCUUUUCAUUCAUCAGCAUCAUAGUGUGUGUUGAUGACUCUGUGCCUGUCUGGAAACUAUUACUUCCUACUGCUACCACAGAUGGUUUGGUACAUCAACGCCAUCAUGAUGUCUUCAGUUCAAAAUUGCACUGCUGUCCAGUUAUUACUUACCCUGCAUUAAAUUUACCAUGGCAAAUGAGUGUUGGGGUGAUGAUAAAAAAAAUUCAUGAUUAAAAUCCUGAAACCCUUUA